AUGCGAAUCCUUAUCCAUAACAACUACAAUGUUCUUGCUGAAGAGUUGACAUGUGCUCGUGUCAAGGAAGAGUGCGUUCUUGAUUUCUGUGAGAUCAAGCCUGGCGCACUUCAUACAGGAACACGUAUAGGAGGGCGUCCAUUACGAACGAUGAUGAAUCAUCGUCGCCAAUAUGAGCCUGAACAUCGACGUUCGGGCUUCAUAGUCAUCAGACUUUCGGUUUUGGAUAAUCCAGUUGAGGCAAAGCGAGCGCGGGCGAAUCUAGCGAAUGCAUUUCAGAAGAUCUAUCAUGUAAUGUACGACAAGGUCUUCUAUGGAGAUGAUGAGCUAAUUCAUGCUGAUGAUGAACGCCGGGAGAUCUGGAUUACGAUCUAUGGCAAGGAUCCCUGGAGCGUGAGACCGUGGCAGCGAGAUGAAUCCCAAGACGUAUUUCAGUCGAAUAGAAUAACAGUUUCGUACUUUUUGGGACCAAGAGUGCCAAUUUUCGGCCAAUUUCCUCAAAUUCUUGAGCCUCUAGCGCCCUCCAGAGUGGGUCUAACGAUGGUUUUCUACACAUAUUCUGAGCCGUCAAAGCCUCUUUUACAACCUGAAAUAGGUUUCAUAUCCACAGACCCGGGAUACUAG